GCUUUCCAGCGCAAGCAAAGCAAUAAAGCCGCAAUCAUGGACGAUGAUAAUGUAGAGAGCAAGGAGACCGUCAGCCCCGAGCAGGCGGUUAAGGAGAAGCCAGCUGGCAAAGCUAAGGAGGGUAAGGAGAAGAAGAAGGACAAAGAGGAGGAUAAACAGGGUCGCAAUUCAAUUGGCAUGCCAAUGGGAGCUUUGGCUGUUCAAGCCAAGCCCGCAGCACGUUAUGCUCCCACUUAUCGCCUCGAGCCGAAGAAUCCCUUGAGGAAGGAACGUCUGGAGCUUAUUGUCAAGGAUGAAAUGGAUAAGAACUAUCAUGAUGAGUAUGCAUUUCAUCCAAAAUAUUCGCUGCAUAUGGCUGCACAGGUCAGCGAAGAUAUUAAAACACGCAUCAAGGCAUUGAAUUUCGAUAGAUAUCGCUAUAUCGUACUGAUAACUGUGGGCGAAUACUUAAUGCAGGGACUGUACUCGCUGGCCAAUUUUCUGUGGGAUGCCGAAAAGGAUGGAUAUGUUAACUAUACCAUUGAAACACCGAAAUUUUUUGCCGUUUGCUCUGUAUUCUAUUUGUACUAUGACUAAGACUUUAAAUUGAUUUUUACUUUGAGUUAGAUCAAUAAAUGUGUAUAAUUUACUGUGCAAUAAAAAAA